CACUCCAGCGGAUGAGGGAGGGGUCUGUAGCCCACGGCCCCUCUCAGAGCGCAGCAGUGCGAGUCUCUGGCAGCACGGCGCUUGUGUGGGGAAUGCAGAGAGCGAGGCCGCAGCCGGUUCUGUUUCCUUACCGGAGAACGGGGAGCCCACUGCCAGAACCAAGACGGGAACCCGCCUUCACUGCCCUGGAGUAGGAGGGAUACCAGCCUUUCCCCAACCCACGGGGAGAUACCAGCCAUUGUGCCCCGGCUGGGACAGAUAGCGGCUUCUCUGCCCCGCGGACAUCAAGAGGAGCAGCAGCUGCGAUCGCUAACCCACACUUGAGCCCCGGCUGGAGGAGCUGCCAGCCCGGCCGUGUCUGUCUGGCCCGUGGAGACGGCAGGCUGUCCGCGGCGCGCGCCUGGGGGAGCCGGGAGAGAGCCGGAGGCCGGGUCGCUCUGAGAAUCAUCACGCCGUGCCGGAAGCUGAUCCUGUGUGCGGAGAACAGGAAGGAGAUGGAGGACUGGAUCGCCGCCGUGCGCAGCGUGCAGAACCGCGAGCACUUCGAGUCCACCCAGUACAGCAUGGACCACUUCUCGGGGAUGCACAACUGGUACGCCUGCUCGCACGCGCGCCCCACCUACUGCAACGUGUGCCGCGAGGCGCUGUCGGGGGUGACCUCACACGGCCUCUCCUGCGAAGUGUGCAAGUUCAAGGCGCACAAACGCUGCGCCGUCCGGGCCACCAACAACUGCAAGUGGACGACGCUGGCGUCCAUCGGGAAGGACAUCAUCGAGGACGAGGACGGGAUCUCCAUGCCCCACCAGUGGCUGGAGGGCAACCUGCCGGUCAGCGCCAAGUGCAGCGUCUGCGACAAGACCUGCGGCAGCGUGCUGCGCCUGCAGGACUGGCGCUGCCUCUGGUGCAAGGCCAUGGUGCAUUCGGUGUGUAAGGAGCAGUUGUCCUCUAAGUGUCCGCUGGGGCAGUGCAAGGUGUCCGUUAUCCCCCCCACAGCCCUCAACAGCAUCGACUCUGACGGCUUCUGGAAGGCCAGCUGCCCCCCCUCCUGCACCAGCCCCCUCCUCGUCUUCGUCAACUCCAAGAGCGGAGACAACCAGGGCGUCAAGUUCCUGCGGCGCUUCAAGCAGCUGCUCAACCCCGCGCAGGUCUUCGACCUGAUGAACGGGGGGCCGCACCUGGGUCUGCGGCUCUUCCAGAAGUUUGACACGUUUCGGAUCCUGGUGUGUGGGGGAGAUGGAAGUGUGGGCUGGGUCCUGUCAGAGAUCGAUACACUGACUCUGCACAAGCAGUGCCAGCUGGGCGUGCUGCCGCUGGGCACGGGGAACGACCUGGCGCGCGUGCUGGGGUGGGGCUCCGCCUGCGACGACGACACGCAGCUGCCGCAGAUCCUGGAGAAGCUGGAGAGGGCCAGCACCAAGAUGCUGGACAGGUGGAGCAUAAUGGUGUAUGAGACCAAGUUUCCACGGCAACACUCCAGCUCCACGGUGACGGAGGACUGCAGCGACGACUCGGAGGUGCAGCAGAUCCUCACCUACGAGGACUCAGUGGCCGCUCACCUGUCCAAGAUCCUCACCUCAGACCAGCAUUCUGUGGUCAUUUCAUCUGCAAAGGUGCUGUGUGAGACAGUGAAGGACUUCGUGGCUCGGGUAGGAAAGGCGUAUGAAAAAACUCCGGAGAGCUCUGAAGAGUCGGAAACCAUGGCCAAGAAGUGUGGAGUGCUGAAGGAGAAGCUGGACUCGCUGCUGAAAACGCUGAAUGAGGAGGCGCAGGCCUCCACGGUCCUGUCCACCCCGCCCCCCACCAUCGAGGAGGAGCAGGAGGAGGGGGAGGGCGUGCUGGUGCCCCCCCACUCCACACCCCCGGCGCCGUGCUCGCCCCGAGCCACGUCGGCCAUCUUCAAGCCCCGCGAACAGCUCAUGCUCCGAGCCAACAGUCUGAAGAAAGCCAUCCGACAGAUCAUUGAGCACACAGAGAAAGCGGUGGAUGAGCAGAACGCUCAGACGCAGGAGCAGAUCUUCGCUCUGGCGCCGGAGGAAGAGGUGGUAGAGGAAGAAGAGGAGGAUGACGAGGAGUGCCGGGUUGAGGACAAGCUGUCGCUGCAGUCCUCGUACAGCGGGAACGCAAAGGGGCAUCCUGCACGCAGAGCGUCUAAAUCACCAUGCGAGAAGCUCAUCCGCAAGGGUAGCCUGCCCUUGGGCAGCUCCGCCUCACUGCCGGCGCAAACAGGAAGCCGGGACAACAUGCCAAUGCUCAACACCAAGAUAUUAUACCCAAGUCUCAGGGCGGGGAUGUCCGGAUCCCUCUCCACCAGUUCUGUAAUCAGCAGGUUGCUGGUCAACGCCGACCCGUUCAACUGUGACCCGGAGAACCUUGACUGUUACACAGAAAAGUGUGUCAUGAAUAAUUACUUUGGAAUUGGGCUCGACGCAAAAAUCUCUCUGGACUUCAACAACAAGCGAGACGAGCACCCGGAGAAGUGCAGGAGCCGCACAAAGAACAGGAUGUGCUACGGAGUCCUGGCCACCAAGGAGCUGCUCCACCGGACAUACAGGAACCUGGAGCAGAGGGUGCUGCUGGAGUGUGACGGGCGGCCCAUCCCCCUGCCCAGCCUGCAGGGCAUCGCCGUGCUCAACAUACCCAGCUACGCCGGCGGGACCAACUUCUGGGGCGGGACCAAGGAGGACGACACCUUCACGGCUCCCUCCUUUGACGAUAAGGUGCUGGAGGUGGUGGCCGUGUUCGGCAGCAUGCAGAUGGCCGUGUCGCGUGUGAUAAACCUGCAGCACCACCGCAUCGCUCAGUGUCGCACAGUAAAGAUCACCAUUCUUGGGGACGAGGGUGUGCCAGUGCAGGUGGAUGGAGAGGCCUGGAUCCAGCCCCCUGGAUACAUCCGGAUUAUCCACAAGAACCGGACGCAGACUCUAACCAGGGACAGAGCCUUUGAGAACACGCUGAAGUCUUGGGAGGACAAGCAGAAGUGUGAGUUCCCCCGGCCGUCGUCCCAGCAUGCACUGCAGCCUGAGACCGUGUCUGAAGAGGAGGCGGCUCAGAUCAAUCUGUUUGGCCAGGCAGCUGGAGCGCUCAUACACAGUAUCCGGGAGAUUGCGCAGUCUCAGCCCAGUCUGGAGCAGGAGCUGGCUCAUGCAGUGAACGCCAGCUCUAAGGCCAUGGACGUGGUGUACGCCAAGAACACAGAGCAGAGUCUGAACUGCAGCGUUGUGGUUCAGAUGGUGAGCAACGUUAAAGCCCUUCAUAACGAGACAGAGCUGCUUCUGGCCGGGAAGAUGUGCCUGUUGGACCCUCCUCAGAAGGAGCAGCUAAGCGAUGCCCUGGGCAGUGUGGGUGUGCAGCUGCGCAGACUGGCAGACAUCGCCUGGCUGUGCCAACUCAUCGAACCCUCAGACGAUGAGGUGCACCUCGUGGACUUCUCCAAGCGCAACCGCAGUGCCAAAUUCCGCCUUGUGCCCAAAUUCAAGAAGGACAAGAACAAUAAGAACAAGGAAACCAGUGCCAGCCUGGGGCUGCCAGUGCACCAGUGGGGCAUAGAGGAGGUAGCAGCCUGGCUGGAGCUCAUCUGUCUCACAGAGUACAAGGAGAUCUUCAUCAGCCAUGACGUCCGUGGUGCCGAGCUUCUGCAGCUGGAGAGACGCGACCUGAAGGAUCUGGGGGUGACUAAAGUGGGUCACAUGAAGCGGAUUCUGCAGGGGAUCAGGGAGCUCAGCCGAAACAGCAGCGCCAGCGAGGCCUAGCGCCCUGCUCCCCGGCCCGCCCCGGCCCUGCCCGGGCCCCGUCAGCCCGUCGAACGCACGCAGUGCUGCUGUCCUCACAGGGACCAAACACGUCGCAGACCUCCAGAAUCAUGAACCUCAGCAAAUACUGAGCGGACCAAUUAAAUCAGUGCCUUUCCUCCCCCCAGCCUGGAGCAAACCAGCCUACACUGCCCCUGACCUCUCACCCAGAUUCUCCCUGUAAUAUGAACUCAGACCCGUUACUCCUGACUCUACCUGGUAGUCUCACCCAAAUUCGGUGUCUGCAUUUCACUGACUGGUUCCCAUUGAACACUGCCACCUGCAGGGAGAUCAGGGAGUUGUUGCCUUGAUCGGAACUUCUUGAUCGGUAUUCUGAUAGUUGGAAUGGGAAGAGGAUGUAUAUUAUUAUAAUUGACUGUAGGGGGUGCUGUAGUUCAUUGUGUUCUCAUUACACCUACAGACUGAACCUAGAAAAAAACUGAAAAAGAACUGACUGAAACGUUUUGUAUUAAAUAUAUUUAUUUCUGUA